AUGCAUACCGACCAGGAAAUCGUCGAGGAAAUGAAAGACAUACACGUUAUUGAUGUCAAACGAAUCAAGCGCCGUAAGGGUGAUCAGUAUGAAGACUCAGGAGCAUUCAUUCUAACGUUCAAUCUCGGAACCCUCCCUGGUUCCAUAGAUGCCGGUUUUCAUCGCUGUAAAGUCCGACAGUAUGUACCACCUCCAUUGCGUUGCAUGAACUGUCUGAAAUUUGGCCAUAAGAAGGAUCAAUGCAAAGGAAAUCAAGUUUGUGCUAACUGCGCCAGUUUAUACCACGGUAAGACUGAAUGCCAACAAAAAACCACGUGUGUUGUUUGCCUGGAAGACCACCACGCCUUAUCUAAGAACUGUCCAGUAUACAUCGAUGAACUCGAGAUCCAGCGACUAAGAGUAAUCGAAAAGAUCACUUAUCGUGAAGCAAGACAAAAGAGAAGAUCGUAA